GAUGUAUUAGUAACAUUUAAGAUUUUCUGUCCAUGACAUUGAGCAAAAUCAAAACAAGUACUUAAAUGUGAAGAAUGAGUUGAAAUGUCUGAAGUGAUAGUGAUACACAUUGUGACAUUCUCGCAGUCGGAUGUUGUACCAUGAUUUACUGCACUUGGAUUCGCAGGAUUUAGCAUUAAAUUGACAGUGAAAUCAACUCCCGUGGCAUCCGUCUUGAUAAGUAAGGGGCUAGGGCCCUAGUACCACACCCAUCGUCACCAUGGCAACAGAAGAGGAAAUAGACGAUUCUCUGUACAGUCGCCAGCGAUAUGUCCUUGGUGACACAGCUAUGAAGGCAAUGGCCCACUCCAGUGUUUUCCUGAGUGGACUUGGAGGCCUAGGAGUUGAAAUUGCUAAAAAUGUGGCAUUGGCAGGUGUCAGGUCGCUGGUGCUGCAUGACAUCAAGACAGCAGCUUUUAAGGACCUUGGAACACAGUUCUUUCUCAGGGAAGAGGAUGUCACUGCCAAACGAAACAGGGCCGAGGCCUGCCAGGCACGUCUAGCUGAACUCAACCCUCAUGUCUCCAUUUCGUCGUCCUCAGCGAGUCUCACCAUGGAGUCCGACCUCAGCAUCCUAUGUCAGUAUCAGUGUGUUGUCCUUACAGAAGCACCUCAAAGUCUGCUAAUCAAAGUGGAUGAGUUCUGUCGCCAGCAGCAACCUCCCAUCAAGUUCAUUGCUGGUGAUGUCAUCGGCCUCUAUAGCUACGCCUUCUGCGACUUUGGCCCUGAAUUCACCAUCAUGGAUCCUACUGGAGAGGAGUCUAAGGAGUCAUUCAUUGCAACUAUCACAAAGGAAAAUCCAGGAGUGGUUACCAGUGCUGACAAUCGAAUGCAUGGCUUUGAGUCAGGAGACUAUGUCAUGUUUAAAGAAAUUGAAGGAAUGACCAUUCUCAAUGGAGUAACACAACAAGUAAAAGUUUUAUCACCAUAUGCGUACAGUAUAUGUGACACCAGUGGUGAUGAGUACCGGCCAUAUAAAAAUGGAGGGAUUGCUGUACAAGUCAAAGUUCCAAAGACAGUGACAUUUGAGAGUUUAGCAAAGCAGCUCGUCUCACCAUCAACAUCAUUUGUAGAUUUCCUAAAAGACCCUGUCUUCUCUCAUGUUGCCAUCUGCUCACUGCAGCAGUUCAGGGAAGAUCACGGUAGACUUCCAGGAGUCAGGUCGAUAGAGGACAGCAACAUUCUCAUUGAAAUUGCCAAGCAGUUGAAUGAUAAACUAGAUAACCCCCUCAAUCCACUAGAUGAGGAGAGUCUUCGGAGGAUCUCACUUACUGCUGAGGGGUGUUUCGCUCCACUGACUGCCACAAUGGGUGGGAUCAUAGCCCAGGAGGUCCUGAAAGCACUCACUGGGAAGUUCACCCCUAUCAACCAAUGGUUGCAUCUAGAUGCCAGGGAGGUUUUGAGAGACAUCAGCCAGAGCCCAGCCAGCACAUUCCAGCCUAGGAACGAUCGAUAUGAUGCCUUGCGGAUCUGUAUUGGCGAGGACCUCCUUCAGAAGUUCCAUUCUCUCAAGUUGUUCAUGGUUGGUUGUGGUGCCAUAGGCUGUGAGAUGCUGAAGAACUAUGCAUUGUUAGGGAUCGCUACAGCUGACAAGAGCAAGAUUACAAUCACCGAUAAUGACAUCAUAGAGAAGUCCAAUUUGAAUCGACAAUUUCUUUUCAGACCUCAUCACAUACAGAAACCCAAGUCCACAACAGCAGCUGCUUCAACUCAGGACAUCAACCCCGACGUUAAGAUACACGCUCACCAGCACAAAGUUUGUCCAGAGACUGAGAUGACCGUUUUCAACGAUGAGUUCUUUAAGGCGAUGGACGUUGUCGUCAAUGCAUUGGACAAUGUGGCUGCCAGGCAAUACAUGGACAGCCGUUGUGUAACCAAUGAGAGACCACUCAUGGAAUCAGGCACCAUGGGGGCCAAAGGUCAUGUACAGGUCAUUGUGCCUCACAUGACUGAGACAUACGGCAGCCAACGAGACCCACCAGAUGAAUCGGUACCAUACUGCACCCUCAAGUCUUUCCCAUCCACAGUGGAACACACUAUACAAUGGGCUAGGGAUAAGUUUGAGAGUUCCUUCACCCAGAAACCAACAAUGUUCAACAAAUAUUGGACUACCAACGGUUCAGCAGAGGAGGUCGUUAAGAAACUUCAGAAUUCGGAGCAACCUGAGAAUUCAGAGGCUGUCAUCAAGUUGCUUAAGAACAGACCGUCAAGCUGGGCAGAGUGCAUCAGCAUAGCUAGGAUCAAAUUUGAAAAAUAUUUCAAUCACAAGGCCAAGCAGUUACUGUCUGCCUUCCCAUUGGACCACAAAAUGAGCGAUGGAACGCCAUUUUGGCAAUCCCCAAAACGACCACCAGCUCCGGUUGUCUUUGACACUUCAAGUGAACUACACAUGCUGUUUGUCGUCAGUACGGCUAGACUCACCGCAGCAUUCUGUGACAUUCCAGUAUCACAGCAUGACCUCAGCACAGACACAUUACUGCGGAUACUGUCUGGGGUGAAAGUUCCACAGUUCCAACUGUCCAAUAAGGUGAUUGAGACGGAGGUAACAUCUCCAACGAAACCUGAGCAUUCGGAGCCCUCCGUGACAGCGGAUGAGAUAGAACACUGCCAACAACAACUGGCACAACUGAUAGCCAAGAAGAAGGCAACAACAACUCACUGUAGGAUGAUUCCCGCUGAGUUUGAGAAAGAUGAUGACACCAACGGUCACAUAGAUUUCAUCACCUCAGCGUCCAACCUCCGGUCAACCAUGUACCACAUUGAGCCCGCUGACCGCUUCAAGACCAAACGCAUCGCUGGCCGAAUUGUACCGGCCAUCGCCACGACAACGGCUGCUGUGGCCGGACUGGCCACUUUGGAAUUGAUCAAGUAUAUUCAAGGUGCCACCCUGUCCGAUUAUCGUAACUGCUUCCUCAACCUAGGCCUGUCACUUAUCAUGUUUUCCGAGCCUGGCCCAGCUAAUGUCACCACCAUCAAACCGGGGUUAAAGUUCACACAGUGGGACAUGUGGCAUGUACACGGACACAAAGGUUACACACUCCAGGAUUUCACCCAGCACUUCAAGGAGAAGUAUGAUAUGAGUGUGUCUCUGGUCGUGCAUGGAGUCAAGAUGAUCUUUGUGCCCAUGAUACCCGGACACAUGAAGAGACUUGGCAAACGCAUGCUGGAGCUCCUUAAACCCAGCGAUGGCGUCAAGUACAUGGAUCUCACCAUCGGCUUUGAGCCUCCGUCGGAGGAUGCUGAUGAGGAUCUACCAGCUCCUCCCGUCAGGUACCACUUUGCAAAGUGAUGAGCCCGCAGCAGAAUUCUUCACAGAGAACCUAACGCAUCGUCCCUCUCCCCCACUUGCUUGUCAUGUUAACCCCUUUGCUACGGGAAGCGGUAAGAGCCGCCGUGAAAAUUGAGAUUCCUCAGCCUGCUUUUCAGCUAUUAU